AUGACCAUAACCAUCAUCAAUACUAAUCAAAAUCCCAAUGAGGAGUAUCAAAUUAACGUUCGACAUCCAUCCUACCGAAUCAGACCGGUCAAUACCGACGAUAUAGAUGGCGCAGAUGGAUAUGGAUGGAAUCGUAUCCAUCAUGAUUCCAUACCUCUACUGAACGAUUCAAAUUCUCUUUUGAAAGCCCCUCGAUUCGGAAAUCGUGAAGUCACUUUAAGCAUGUUAUACAAGAGCUUUGGGGAGACCUCUCGUCGGGACUUGUUCACCGAAGGCUUCGUCAAGGAAGUGUCAGAUACUGUAGACAAAUAUCUCGAGUCUGAACUGUCUCUUCUGAAAAUUCAGAGGGAUAUACAAAAGCGAAAGAAUGAUUUAUGGAAAAACCAAAAUUCCAUUGGAAAAGGGAAAGUGUCGACGGCCAAUCCACGUAUUCUGCAAAAAUUGAAAAAGAUCCGAGAACAAAGACAAGAACAGCUUGCGACAGAUGCAAAUCUGUUAGAGGAGGAGGAAAAGUCAUUUAAUCGAGCUAGAUAUGGUUUGGAAAUGUAUUAUCAAUCUUAUUUUUCAAUUUGUCAAGAUUAUUUCGAACAAUUGCACACACUUCAAUCCAAGUCGAUUACAAGCUGGUUGGAGAAUAGUGCCGGUGACCCUGGUCAACAAGGAUCAGAGGAAGAGGCAGAUCUUUCACAGAAAACUACCGAUCUUGAGAACGGGUUGCAAAGAGUUGAGAACGAAGAGGUAAAUACUGGGGAUGCCUUUCAAGAUGAUUUCGAUGAGCGAUACGGUAUUGAUGAGGAUGUACCGGUAUUUGGUCAUGAAUGGUCGAGCCUUUGGGAUCGACAUCGACAUCGAGAUGUUCAGAAAGGCAUAGACACCCCCGUUUCUGAGACUGGUACGAAUGACACCGAGGUGUAUCCUGUCAACAUCUCCUCGAUUGAUGAGGACAAUGUAGAAUCCGGAUUUGAGGAAGAUCCCAAAGUGACUGAACAAAUAUUGAGAAACAGACGUUAUACAACUAGCGGGGUGAGUACUGCACUGUGUCUCUCGGGAUUAUUGCAUAGUCCAUAUCCAUAUCUAGGUGCUAAUCGCUGA